AUGGCACCCAAGAAGAAGAUCGCCAUGAUGACCUCGGGCGGUGACGCCCAGGGAAUGAACGGCGUCAUUCGAGCCUGCGUCCGCACAGCUAUACACAUGGGCUGCGACGCCUUCUGCGUUUAUGAAGGCUACGAGGGCCUGGUCCAGGGCGGAGACCUGAUUCGCAAGAUGGAGUGGCACGAUGUCCGCGGCUGGCUGUCUGAGGGCGGUACUCUCAUUGGUACCGCUCGGUGCAUGGCCUUCUAUGAACGCGCAGGGCGGCUGCAGGCUGCCAAGAACAUGAUCCUUCACGGCAUCGACGCCCUCAUCAUCUGCGGCGGAGACGGUUCCCUGACUGGUGCCGACAAGUUCCGCGCAGAGUGGCCGUCAUUGCUCGAGGAGCUGGUCUCUACCAAGCAGUUCACCCGUGAGCAGAUUGAGCCCCAUAAGCACCUCAACAUCGUGGGUCUUGUCGGCUCCAUCGACAAUGACUUGUCCGGCACCGAUGCCACCAUUGGUUGCUAUUCGGCCCUCACACGCAUUUGCGAGAUGGUCGACUACAUUGAAGCCACUGCUUCUUCUCACUCUCGUGCCUUUGUCAUCGAGGUCAUGGGACGGCACUGCGGCUGGCUGGCUCUGAUGGCCGGAGUCGCCACCGGUGCCGAUUUCAUUUUCAUCCCUGAAAAGCCACGGGAAGAUAACUGGAGGGAAGAAAUGUGUGGCAUUGUCCAAAAGCAUCGGACGCUGGGCAAGAGGAAGACCAUUGUCAUUGUCGCCGAAGGAGCUCAUGAUCGGGAGGGCCAGAAGAUCACACCCGAGAUGGUGAGAGAGCUGCUCGCUGACAAGUCAGGACUGGCCAUUGACAGUCGUAUCACGACUCUCGGCCACGUCCAGCGCGGUGGUGUCGCCGUUGCCUACGACAGAAUGCUAGCCACGCUGCAAGGCGUGGAGGCUGUGAAGGCAGUCUUGGAAGCCACUCCCGAGACGGAGACUUGCUUUAUCGCCGUGACCGAGAACAAGAUCGUGCGCAAGCCCCUCAUGAAGGCGGUCGAGGAUACCAAGGCUGUUGCAGCUGCCAUUGAAGCUCAUGACUUUGACAAAGCCAUGUCGCUUCGAGAUGCCGAGUUCUCCGACCAGUACAAUUCCUACAUGUUGACCACGACGGUGCAGCUUAAUAAGAACAUGCUCCUCCCGGAAAAAGACAGAAUGCGGAUCGGCUUCAUCAAUGUCGGCGCCCCAGCUGGUGGGAUGAAUGCUGCCAUCCGGGCCGGAGUCGCCUACUGCCUUUCUCGCGGACACGAGCCGAUGGCCAUCCACAACGGAUUUGCUGGAUUUGCGCGCCACCAUGGCGACAAACCCCUGGGAGCUGUACGGGCCUUUAACUGGCUUGAGGUUGAUGGCUGGGCAAGCAAAGGCGGUUCCGAGAUUGGUACCAACCGAGAACUCCCCAGCGAGUCGGGCAUGGAGCACAUCGCGAACCUGAUUGAGCAAUAUCGAUUUGAUGGUCUCUUCAUCGUGGGUGGCUUCGAGGCCUACCAUGCGAUCUCGCAGCUGCGCAAGGCCAGAGACGAGUACCCGUCGCUUUGCAUCCCCAUCGCCCUUCUGCCCGCUACCAUCUCCAACAAUGUUCCGGGAACCGAGUACUCAAUCGGCUCUGAUACUUGCUUGAACGAGCUCACCAGCUACUGCGACAAGAUCAAGCAAUCGGCAUCGGCGACUCGUCGUAGGGUCUUCGUCAUUGAAACCCAGGGCGGGCGGUCCGGCUACGUCGCAACACUUGCAGGCCUGGGCGUUGGUGCCAGUGCCGUGUACACCCCGGAAGAAGGCAUCAGCCUCGAUAUGCUCGCAGCUGAUGUUCGGCAUUUGAAAGAAGUCUUUGCCCACGACAAGGGCCAGUCACGCGCGGGACGUCUCAUUCUCAUCAACGAGAAGGCUAGCAAAGUGUACAAUGCAAAGUUGGUGGCUGAUAUCAUUAGGGAGGAAGCCCAUGACCGAUUCGAGUCCCGGGACAGCAUCCCAGGCCAUGUGCAGCAAGGCGGUGUCCCGUCUGCCAUGGACCGGUGCCGAGCCGUCCGGCUGGCUAUCAAGUGCAUCGAGCACCUCGAGACCUUUGGGAAGGGCGCCCAUAACAGGGUGAAGAAGGACCCGACGAGUACGGCCGUCAUUGGUAUCAAGGGAGCGAGCGUAGUCUUCACUCCGAUGAAGACGCUCGAGGAAGAGGACACUGACUGGCCCAACCGUCGCCCCAUCUCGGCCUACUGGACUGGAAUGAAGCAGGUGGUAGAUGUUCUUGGUGGGCGACCCAAGUACGACCUGCCAGAGCAGAACAUCGGCGGUCUGGUGGCCAAAGACGUCAAGCGGGGCUUGAUGUCGGAGUAG